AUGCCCAUAAAAGAACACACCGAGGAAAAUUCCAACGAAUUAGUGCUCGUAAAAGUAGCAGCAUGGAAUUGGUCCGAGCAAACAACAGUAUCCGAGAUAAAUUAUACAGGAUCAUGUGAUAUUGUUGUUGGGUCUUCUAGAUACAAGCAAGAAGCAAUGAAUGAAGCACAUGAAGAUCAUACAAGGGUGUCAACACGACAUAUUAACAACCCUCUAUUUUCUACUAUUUCUGCUAAUAGUUCUCUUCUUGAUAAGUAUGAAAUAGAACGGAUAUCUAAGGAUCUUGAUCGCUACCUACAGUGUAGUUGUGACAAGUAUUAUUGUCGAAAAUCUGUUGAUGGUGUUCAUGUUGCUGGUAGUCGGAGAAUUGUGCCAUUGAUGGAGAAGGAUUCUAGUGGCACAAAAGCUAAGAGAACAAACACACAAAGGAAAUGGUGUCGGCCAAUGUAUGAAUUAUGUGGAUCGAUUAAAGGUGAUGUGGUGGAGAAUGUAUGUUUAGCGACUGAACGACGGAGGCAGGCUAAUAAAAAGCAUAUUCCGAUGGCUGGAGAUUGGAAUUUUCGUCGAAAUGCCACUUAG